AUGGGUCCAGGUGGUGGAGGGUGGGGUCCACCACCACCUCCUCCGAUGAUGAAUAGUGCUGAAAUGAGCUCCAACUAUUCGACGGGACCACCCUUGCCUCCUCCCUCACCAAACCUUGCUCUAGGCCUCAAAGGUGGCACCUUCAGUUUGGAGGAACUGGCAGCUGCCACCAAUGGAUUCGCUGAUGUAAAUCUUAUAGGACAAGGUGGCUUCGGUUAUGUCCACAAGGGGGUGUUGCCUAAUGGAAAGGAAGUGGCAGUUAAGAGUCUAAAAGCAGGAAGUGGACAGGGAGAACGAGAGUUCCAAGCUGAGAUUGACAUCAUUAGUCGUGUCCAUCAUCGCCAUCUUGUGUCACUCGUUGGAUACUCUAUUUCUGGUGGCCAGAGAAUGUUGGUCUAUGAAUUUAUUCCCAAUAAAACAUUGGAAUAUCACCUUCAUGGAAAGGGCACGCCUACAAUGGAUUGGCCUACUAGAAUGCGAAUUGCAAUAGGAUCAGCCAAAGGGCUUGCUUAUCUUCAUGAAGAUUGUCAUCCUCGCAUAAUCCAUCGUGAUAUUAAAGCUGCGAAUGUCCUCAUUGAUGAUAGCUUCGAAGCAAAGGUUGCUGAUUUUGGAUUGGCUAAGUUGACUACUGAUAAUAAUACUCAUGUAUCGACUCGUGUGAUGGGAACUUUCGGGUACCUAGCCCCAGAAUAUGCAUCAAGUGGAAAACUGACUGAGAAGUCUGAUGUUUUCUCGUUUGGGGUCAUGCUAUUAGAACUCAUAACUGGAAAGCGACCUGUGGAUCACACAAGUGCAAUGGAUGACAGCUUAGUAGAUUGGGCUCGACCUCUACUGAAUCGUGGAUUGGAAGAGGAUGGCAACUUUGGAGAGUUGAUUGAUCCCUUCUUGGAGGGAAACUACAAUGCUCAAGAAUUGUCAAGGAUGGCAGCUUGUGCUGCUGGUAGCAUUCGUCAUUCUUCCAAAAAACGUCCAAAAAUGAGCCAGAUUGUAAGAAUAUUGGAGGGAGAUGUGUCACUGGAUGACUUGAAAGAUGGGAUAAAGGCAGGGCAAAGUACUGUUUACAAUUCUUCAUCUGGAUCAGAGCAGUAUGAUACAAAGCAAUACAAUGCUGACUUACAAAAGUUUAGAAAGGCGGUGUUUUCUAAUAGCCAGGAAUUUGGCAGCAGUGAUGGCUCUAGUGGUGAAGUGAACCAAAAGCUACGGCAUUAG